UUGCACGUAUUCGUUUCAUUGGUGCCGCGUGACCAAACCCCGCCGUUGCUCCCGCGCGCGGCUCUGAGGCACCGGCCGGUGGGGGCUGAGCGCGCCCGGCCAUGGAAGCGACGGGCGGGUUGUGGCAGCGGCUGUCGGGGCCAGAGGAGCGGCGGCUGCUGGAAAUCCUGUCCUACGGGCUGGUGGGCGCGGGAGCGCUCUCUGUGCUGCUGCUGCGCUUCGUGUGGAUGCCGUACGGGCGCUACUCCACGCCGCGCUUGGGCUGCCUUGUGCCCGUCCGCCUGGCCUGGGCGCUGCAGGAGCUGCCGUCGCUGCUGGUCCCGCUGGGGCUGAGCCUCUUUAGCGGCGCGGCCCGCGUCUCCAAGUGGCCGAACCGGGUCCUGCUGGCGCUCUUCAUCGGGCACUACGCACACAGGGCACUCAUCUUUUCUUUCUUGAUUCGUGGAGGAAAACCAACACCAUUCAUUACUUUUGCACUAGCACUCAUAUUCUGUGUCUAUAAUGGAUACUUGCAAGGUCGGAGCUUAAGUAAUUAUGCAGAAUAUCCUUCUGGUUGGCUGAAAGGUCCUUGUUUCAUUGUAGGUUUUGCAGGGUGGCUGAGUGGCAUGACAAUUAAUAUCUAUUCUGAUCACAUUCUCAGAAAUCUGAGAAAACCAGGGGAAACGGGCUACAAAAUACCAAGAGGUGGAUUGUUUGAAUAUGUAACUGGAGCCAACUUUUUUGGAGAGAUUCUUGAAUGGUUUGGAUUUGCUCUUGCCAGCUGCACUAUUGAAAGUGCUGCUUUUGCCAUAUGCACACUUUUCAUCCUAGGUUCCAGGGCACACCAACAUCAUCAAUGGUAUCUUGAGAAAUUUGAAGAUUACCCAAAGUCCAGGAAGAUUGUGAUUCCAUUUGUGCUCUGAGAGCUGCUCCACUCACUGACUAAAUGAAAGGAGAAAGGAAUGGAAAAAUUCCAUAGAUCUGACAGUGAGGCCCACCUUUCACAUAUGGGAUCUUCAGUCAACCUGUUUGCUACAAAAGACAACAAGAGUGUCAUCAGUUUUGUUCUCAGGCCUCCCAUAGUCCAGGCUUCCUCACUGAUGCCUUCACAUAGAAGAGAACUGGGGAUUUAGUGCACACCUUUCCCUGAUCCCUCUCAUCCCACAGAUCAUCCACAAAUUGAAGCGAGACCAUACCAGAUUAAUCCUGAUGGCCCUGGUCUGGCCAAGGGAGUACUGGUUUUUGAAUCUUCUCUCUCUCUUAGUUCAACCUCCUCUUUCUCUCCCUCUCCUCCCAGACCUUCUAUCACAGGAACACGGUCAAAUGCUACAUCCAGACCCAUCAGUCUCCACCUCUCGGAAUGGCUGUUGAGUGUCUAGAUAAAGUGUGGGAGUAUUCCCUGGUGGUUCAAGAGAUUCUGUCCAACAGUAGGAAACAAUCAAUUAUGUCUGCUUACUAGCCAACUAGAAAAGGUUCUCUGCUUGGUCCAUUGCCUGGGGGGAUACAACCUGUUUAAGCAAGAAUCCAGGACAUUUUAGACUACCUCUUACAUUUCAAGUCCUCAGGCCUUUCAGUGAGUUCUCUAAAGAUUCACUUUGCAGCAAUCACUCCCUUCUAUGGGGGGAUGGAUAGUAGAUUGGUAUCUUCCAACCCCAUGGUUGCUAGCAAGGCUAUCAAUUAACCGCAGUUAACGCAAGCGAUUAAUGCAAAACAAAUUAACUAGAUUAAAAAAUAGUUUAGUUUUAAUUGC